AUGACGUGCUACGAGCUCGAGUCGCGCGAGAGACACAAAAAACCAAAAAUCUGGAACGGCGACGGCGUCGAGGGUAAGCAGGCAAUCGGUCGCGCGCGGUGCGCCGUCCGCGAGGCCGCGCGAGCCGUUCGCGAUGGUUGUCAUGGCGAUAAGCUGCUUCACAUGUGCUGGAACAAUAAAUCCUGGAACGUGUUGAACGACGACGUCUUACUCGAAGCCGCGCGAUGCGGUAAUCGCGAAUGCGCGCAAACGAUCGCGGAGCAUCAUCACCACGGCGAAGGAUUGACGAAAGAGGGAGUGAUGCGCGCGAGCUUCGCCGCGGCAGAGAGCGGCCAUUACGACAUCGUCGAGAUGUUGAGCGAUUCGAUCGCCUUCGAUCUGUCCUGCUCGCUGUCGACGGCGCACUACGAAAUCGCAUUGGCGUCGAAGAACGCGGAGUUUGUGUGGAGAUUGAUCAGGGCGGAAGCACCGAUGGCGUGUUCACAGAUGGAAGAUGUGACGGAUUUGGUAGUUUCGCACUACACCGGUGCGAUUGCCGACGAGCGUGAAAGAUUGCAGAUCGAGAUGAUGAUGAUGAAGUACGUGGAAAAUUGUCUAGAUGACGGAUCUGCUGAAUGGGACUCUCAAACGCCGACGCCCGAGCUCGAUCUCGACUCGGGCGUCGACGCUUAUGAAACCGAGGACGCGAUCGGAAAUGAUGAGAAGGAGUAUACUGCACGCGAAUGGAGAUGA